GCGAUUCAAGAAAUAUGAAUUUGAGGUUCAUUUAAGCUGAAUUUCAUUUGAGGUUGAGUUUCAUCUAUAUGCGUGCCCGUGUUUCAUUUGAACUAGAGGGCGGGCUGCUCAGCAACAGAGACCGUUCAGAGACGAGAGAGAUAGAGAUCGCCAACAAAGAGCACAUUAAGAAAUGGCAGAAAAUGAGGAUAUUCAGCCUCUUGUAUGUGACAAUGGAACAGGAAUGGUCAAGGCUGGUUUUGCUGGAGAUGAUGCUCCAAGGGCCGUAUUCCCUAGUAUUGUGGGUCGCCCUCGUCAUACUGGUGUAAUGGUUGGUAUGGGCCAAAAAGAUGCCUAUGUUGGGGAUGAGGCUCAAUCCAAGCGUGGUAUUUUGACUUUGAAAUACCCAAUUGAGCAUGGAAUUGUUAGCAACUGGGAUGACAUGGAGAAAAUUUGGCAUCACACCUUCUACAAUGAGCUCCGUGUGGCUCCAGAAGAGCACCCGGUUCUCCUUACAGAAGCUCCUCUCAACCCCAAGGCCAACCGUGAAAAAAUGACUCAAAUUAUGUUCGAAACUUUCAAUACUCCUGCAAUGUAUGUUGCUAUACAGGCCGUUCUUUCUCUUUAUGCCAGCGGUCGUACAACUGGUAUUGUUCUAGACUCGGGGGAUGGUGUCAGCCACACAGUUCCCAUCUAUGAAGGCUAUGCCCUUCCACAUGCAAUCUUGCGUCUCGACCUGGCAGGUCGUGAUCUCACAGAUGCCCUUAUGAAGAUCUUGACAGAGCGUGGUUACUCUUUUACCACAACAGCAGAGCGUGAAAUCGUGAGGGACAUGAAAGAAAAGCUGGCAUACAUCGCCCUUGACUAUGAACAAGAGCUAGAAAUGGCAAAAACCAGCUCAGCUGUGGAGAAGAGCUAUGAGCUGCCAGAUGGGCAGGUUAUCACUAUUGGGGCUGAGCGAUUCCGCUGCCCAGAAGUCCUCUUCCAGCCAUCCAUGAUAGGAAUGGAAGCUGCUGGCAUACAUGAAACCACAUACAACUCAAUUAUGAAGUGUGACGUGGAUAUUAGGAAGGAUCUAUACGGCAAUAUUGUCCUCAGCGGUGGAUCCACAAUGUUCCCAGGCAUUGCGGAUAGGAUGAGCAAAGAGAUCACAGCACUAGCUCCAAGUAGCAUGAAGAUUAAGGUGGUGGCUCCACCCGAGAGGAAGUACAGUGUCUGGAUUGGAGGUUCCAUUUUGGCAUCCCUCAGCACAUUCCAGCAGAUGUGGAUAGCAAAGGCAGAGUAUGACGAGUCUGGUCCGUCAAUCGUUCACAGAAAAUGCUUCUAAUACUGGUGCAUGCUAAAAAAGAGGUUAAUGAAGAGACUUACAUAAUUUUGCACACGAAGGCUUCGGAUCAUGUGAUUGCAGAGAUUGCUGCUUUUCAUUUCCAAUUUUUUGCCAAAUUUUUAUGCCAUUGUUCCUUAUCUGCGUGUUGCUUUUUAAGUAUGGGGCAUUAAGUAUGGGGCAAUGGACAUGGAAGAGAACUGAUAACCCCAUAAAUUCAAUUUUUUUUUUUUUUUUUUUUU